AUGCGGGCCGAAAGGGUGGGGGCGGUGGAGGUGGUGGUGGUGGAGGCAGUGGAGGGGGUGGGGGUGGUGGUGGGAGUGGUGGCGGGGGUGGAGGUGUCGGUGGCAGCAGUGGAGGCAGAGGAGGCAGCGGUGGUGGCGGAGGGAGCGGAGGCGGUGGUGGCUGAGGGAGCGGAGGCGGCGGUGGUGGCGGAGGCGGCGGAGGUGGCGGAGGCGGCGAAGGUGGCGGUGGAGCUAGUCGCGGCUCUGCGCAGAGGAGUGGCUCUGGUGGUGGUCCGCGCCAGCAGCAGCAGCGCGGUCGUGAGACCAUGUCCCCUCAGCAGCUUCGUGAGUGGUACGCUGGGCGUCAGCGGGUGCGGGGGCACGCACUCCACCCAGCGCUGCUUCGGCCGCCUGAUGGACGCUUGGCGGCAUCAUUUUCGUGACGCCACUGAGAUCCCUCGCUGGGGAGAGCUGUCUAGGGCGGGGGUAGCUAUCUUUGAUCUUGACUUUGAUACUAUUCUUGCUGCCAUGUAUGCUGUGUCUACUAGUGAUGAGGGUGACUGUUACCUGUGUGUUCCGCCUGACCCGGGCAUUAAGGCUGCUGCUCUAGGUGCUGGUGAGGCUACUGCUUCAGGUGCUAGUGCGUCCGCUGCCCCAGGUGCUGGUGAGUCUGCUCUCUCAGAUACCGCGUCGGCUCAGACCUUGCACACCUUCACCCUUGACUCAGGUGCUUCCCGCUCCUUCUUUCGAGACCGCACCACGCUUACGCCGCAUAGUCGGCCGGUUGCGGUCUCCCUGGCGGACCCCUCUGGGGGUCCUGUCCUUGCUAGCUUCUCCACUAUCUUACCGUGUCCGGCAGCCCCCUCUGGCACCCUGUCAGGUCUCUACCUCCCCUCGUUCUCUACAAACUUGGUGAGUGGAGCUGAUCUACAGGAUCGGGGGGUUGACCAGUUCACACCUGCGAGUCAGCGGGUGACCCACUGUACGUGUGCUCGGACAGGCCGACACUUGGCCAUCUACACUGCGCAGCAAGGGUGA